AUGCCGCCCUGUUUCUUGUUCCUCUCUAAGCAGAUCAGCAGUUCGCUGGUGUCCCUGCGCAGCGCGCGCCGAGGCUUCGCGCUCCGACCGCUCUGGGUCUCCUGGCGCCCCUCGGGUCCCCAGCCCGCCGCCCCCCGCCGCCCGCUGGCCGCAGCCACCUCCUCCCGGGACCCUGCCGGGCCCACCUCCGCCCCCUCCCGAGUGCGGCAGAACUUCCACCCCGAGUCCGAGGCCGCCAUCAAUCGCCAGAUCAACCUGGAGCUCUAUGCGUCCUAUGUGUACUUGUCUAUGGCCUAUUACUUCUCCCGAGAUGACGUGGCCCUGAACAACUUCGCCAGAUAUUUCCUUCGUCAGUCUCGGGAGGAGACCCAGCACGCCGAGAAGCUGAUGAGGCUGCAGAACCAGCGGGGAGGCCGGAUCUGCCUGCAGGACAUCAAGAAACCUGACCUGGACGACUGGAAGAGCGGCCUGAAUGCCAUGGAGUGUGCGCUGCUCUUGGAAAAGAAUGUGAACCAGUCAUUGCUCGAAUUGCACACUCUGGCCUCAGACAAAGGUGACCCCCAUUUGUGCGACUUCCUGGAAACUCACUAUUUGAAUGAACAGGUGAAAUCGAUCAAAGAACUAGGUGACCACGUGCAAAACUUGGUUAAGAUGGGGGCCCCGGCUUCUGGCCUGGCAGAGUACCUCUUUGACAAGCACACCCUUGGAAAUGAAAACAAUCACAACUAA